CAUUAACUACUAAAAUAAUCAAUAUUCUUGAAUGCAUUAGUUACAAUCUAUUUAUUUACCUUAAAAAACAGCUAAGCAUGAGAAACGUUGGUUUGACUUUGACUUUACAGCAUGGUCGUAUUGAAGCUGAAGGAGUGUGAUUCGCGGACAAAUAAGCAUCGUAGCAUAGGUUGCCACGUGUAUGAACGCUAUAACCACAUGGAUAAUGGAACCCACCUGUCAAUUUUAGCAUUUUAUAUAAUAAUUAUAUAUAUCCCACCUAGACCUACCCAUCCAAACCCCAAUAUCGUUAUCAUAUGCAGAAUGCAUCUGUUCUCCACCGAUAAAACAAAUAAAACCCUGUGUACGGCCAUCUGAUUCCCUCACCCGACCUUCCCACAGAUAAGAUUAAAGAUUAUCCGGUGAACUCGGCAUUAAUUUCCAACAUAUUUUCAUCGUUGUUGUAGAUUCGGUUUUUGGAUUUGGUAGGUCGCAAUCGGAUUGAUUGAUUGAUUUUUGGUUGAGUUGAGGAUGAUGUCAGAAUCACACUCGAUGAACGGUCAGAACUCCGGCGAUGCUGGCUCCGGUGAGAUCAUGUUGUUCGGAGUCAGAGUCAAGGUUGAUCCGAUGAGGAAGAGUGUGAGUAUGAACGAUCUCUCACAGUACGUACAGAUACAGCCUGCUACACAUGGUUCGUCUAGCAAUAGUAAUAAUAACUUUGAUGGCUCCACCGCGGUUGCCGGCGAAACUGGUUACGCCUCCGCUGAUGAUGCUGUCCGCAACCAAUCCAAUGGUGGACGAGAGCGCAAACGAGGGGUUCCAUGGACGGAGGAAGAACACAAGCUGUUUCUGUUAGGUCUGCAGAAGGUAGGGAAAGGAGACUGGAGGGGGAUUUCAAGGAACUUUGUGAAGACACGUACACCUACUCAAGUCGCAAGCCAUGCUCAGAAAUAUUUCCUCCGCCGGAGCAACCUCAACCGCCGGCGCCAGAGGUCCAGUCUCUUUGAUAUCACUACUGAUUCAGUUGCAGCUAUCCCAGUGGAAGAACAGAAAGAUGAUGAAGAUAACAAGAGUCAGCAAAUAUCUCCUCUAAGUGGAUUCCCAAUGGCAGCUUUUUCACCUCCAUCACCACUACCAUUAAUGGAGAACCAGAUGAAAACCGAAGCUUUCUGUAAUGGUGGUCAAUUCAAUCAAUCAACAAGGACAAAUGAAAAAAAUUCAUUGUCAUUAUCUCUCAACCUCUCUCUGUCUUAUGAUAACAAUCGAAUGGUGGAUUCUUCCGCGUUCCAGGUCAUCUCACCCUUCAACAAUGGAGAUCGUAUGAUCAGUGUUGGUUAAACAUCUGCAAAUGAAGUGAAAUCUGCAGGUAGUUAGUGUUUUUUUAAUUUUUAUUUAUUUUAAUCUAAUACUUUAUCAUGUACAGACCAGGAUUUCCUUAAAUUAUCAUCAUGUUUGUUAUAAUUAUCGUUGUUGUAUGCAUACUCAUCAGUCAUCAUAUUUCAUAUCAUCCAUUAUGUUAUGCAAGUAAUGUUUUGAAAAACACUACUUACAUCUUGUUAAAAUCCAACGCUUUGAAUACAAAUCCAAGAAAUUAAAAGCAACCGACAUAUAAAAGGAAAGCGUAUAUUCUCUGAUUCUAAAAAUAUAUGAACGGCCAAAUUGUCAAUUUAAUUUGAUGCGGUUGCCAAAAAAAAAAUCCCAGUGGUGAUUUGGUUUUUGCAUCCGUAUGAUUCAACUUAUUUUGUGGUGUGGAAUCAUGUUUUACUUUUCUUUGUUUUGGUUGGGUAAUGAGAUCAUAUAAAUACCAAUUAAUAGAGGCAGAUUAAUAACAUUAUAGUUUUAAUAUCAUCAUAGAAGCUAUCAUUACGUGAGUUCUUCAGCUCCUUCACUUUCUUCUGAGAUAAUAAAUCUCAUCUUUAAUAGUUGUAAACUCAUCUUCAAAACUCA